CCUUUUAUAACCCUCUCCUAUCGCGCGACCGGCAGUGAGCCAGUGACAGAGGACGCACAGACCGGCAUCAAUGGCGCCGCAGAGGCCGCACGCCGUGGUGGUGCCGUACCCGGGCUCCGGCAACAUCAACCCGGCGCUGCAGCUCGCCAAGCUCCUCCACCGCCGCGGCGUCUACAUCACCUUCGUCAACACCGAGCACAACCACCGCCGCGUGCAGGCCACCGCCGCCUCCGUGCUCGGCCGCGAGGACGACGGGUUCCGGUUCGAGGCGAUCCCGGACGGCCUGGCGGACGCCGACCGCGCCGCUCCGGACCACGGCAGCCGCCUGUCCGCGUCCGUCAGCCGGCACUGCGCCGCGCCGCUCAGGGACCUCAUCGCGCGGCUCAGCGGCGGCGCCAUUACUGGCGUGCCGCCGGUCACCUGCGUGGUGGCCACGACGCUGAUGAGCUUCGCGCUGCGUGUGGCCGGGGAACUCGGGAUCCCGUCCAUCAUGUUCUGGGGCGGCAGCGCCGCCUCGCUCAUGGGCCACAUGAGGCUCCGGGACCUCCGAGAAAGAGGCUACAUCCCACUCAAAGAUGCGAGCUGCCUGACGAACGGCUACCUGGAGAAGACGGUCAUCGACUGGAUCCCGGGCAUGCCGCCGAUCAGCCUGGGCGACGUCUCGAGCUUCGUCCGCGCCGCCGGCCCGGACGACGCCGAGAUCCGGUUCACGGAGGCGGAGGCCAACAACUGCACCAUGGCCGGCGCGCUCGUCCUCAACACCUUUGAGGACCUCGAGGCCGACGUUCUCGCCGCGCUGCGCGCCGAGUACACGCGCAUCUACACCGUCGGCCCCAUCGGCUCCCUCCUCGACGAAGACACCGACACCUCUAAUGGCGGCGGCGGGCUGAGCCUGUGGAAGCAGGACACCGACUGCCUGGCAUGGCUGGACGCGCAGGAGCCACGCUCCGUCGUGUACGCCAACUUCGGAAGCAACACGGUGCUCACGGCAUCCCAGCUCGCCGAUUUCGCGUGGGGGCUGGCAGACAGCGGCCACAAAUUCCUCUUAUCCAUCCGAGACAACCUCGUCGUCCCUUCCGGCUCCGGCAGCAGCGGCGGUCUGCCGGCUGGGUUCGCGGCGGCGACGGCGGGCCGGUGCUGCGUGACGGCGUGGUGCCCGCAGGAGCGGGUGCUGCGGCACGGCGCCGUGGGGUGCUUCGUGACGCACAACGGCUGGAACUCCACCAGCGAGAGCUUGGCCGCCGGCGUGCCCAUGGUGUGCUGGCCGGGCUUCGCCGACCAGUUCACCAACUGCAAGUAUGUCUGCGAGGUCUGGGGCGUGGGGCUCCGGCUUGACGCAGAGGUGAAGCGGGAGCAGGUCGCUGGACAUGUCAGGAAGGCGAUGGAGGCGGAGGAGAUGCGGAGGAGCGCGGUGGCGUGGAAGGCGAAAGCGGCGGAGGCCGUGAGUCCCGGCGGGUCGUCGUUUGAGAACUUGCAGAGCAUGGUCAAGGCGCUCAACUCUGUUUAACUGAUUGAUUGGCUUUCGGUGAUGUGAGAUUUGGUAACAAGGGCGAGGUUACAGGUCAGUUUGAAUGUCAGCCGUCAGAAUUUGCCAAUAAGACGAUUUAAGAGCAAGUACACUAAGGUAAUAAGGUAACGUAAGCAUGCUAUAAAAGUUCGUUUUGUAUUUAAAAAAUCGCAUGUUUUCUAAUUAAAAUUCAAUCGUCGUGUUAGGCCGUCUGAUCUUAAAUAUUAUAUUUGAUCA